AUGUGGGAAUGCUUGGAAGAAGCUUAUCUUCAAGCAAUAAAAGAUAAGGAGUUCCAGCUCAAACAACAAUUGCAAAGUGUGAAGCUAGGAACCAAAACAAUUGAUGAAUAUAUUAAGGAAUUCAAAGGCAUAUGUGAUGGCCUUGCAGCCUUUCACAAGCCUGUAGAUGAAAAUAUCAAAGUGAUUAAUUUUGCUAGAUGUCUAGGUCUUAAGUACAAGACCUUUAGGACUGUCAUGCUAAGUAAGGCAAUAUAUCUUACUCUUAAUCAAUAUGUUAAUGCUCUCAGGGGUUUUGAUAUGAGAGAUGAUGAAAAAGAAGUGCCCCAACAAAACCAUAACAUGGUAUUCUCUGCCCAAAGAGGCAGGGGAAGAGGAAACUACUCUCAAAGAAGAGGAAACAAUGAUUUCAAUUGCAGAGGAAGAGACUUUAAGCCUGCUGGACAAGGAACAUGUUCUUAUAACAGCAGAAACGGACCAGCCGGAGAUGAGCUACCACAAACAUUGGCUACUACUAAUCUACAAAACACUACUGAUGACACCUUGUAUGUGGACUCAGGAGCAAGUAGCCAUAUGACACAUAACUCAAGUAUCCUAACUGAUCUUAAACACUACAAUGGACCAGAUAAAAUCAUUAUUAGGAAUGGAUCAAAGUUAGACAUAACACAUGUUGGGAACAUAUCUGGAUCAGGUCUAAAGUUAAAAGAAGUUCUUGUAGUCCCUAAGAUUAAUAAAAAUUUACUCUCAGUUAGUAAGCUUGCAAAGGAUAAUUGUUGCACUCUUGAAUUUGAUGAAACUAACUUUGUUGUAAAUGACAAGAAGACAAGGACACUGCUGGCCAAGGGACCUAAAAGGAAUGGACUCUAUGCUUUGGAAGAUAACAAUCUGAAAGUACAGGCUGCUAGUACACACGUUAAUGGUGAUAAUGUUGCUACUACUCAUAUACUCCUUGAUAAUAAAAGUACCAUUAACCUCUCAGGCACAGGAUCAGAUGUUGAGGAGCAGGUUGAAUGUGAUGAUCCAUACAGUAGUAUUGAAGCUCCAUGUACAGAUUUUGGAUCUGCUAGUGACAGUGAGGAACAUGUUGCACUUACACGUCCAGUCAAUGAGCAUCAUCAAACAACUACUUUAGUUGAUGUACCUGUUGACCAUCAAUCUGACAAUGCUACACUCCAGUUAACUACUUUGGUUGAUGUACCAGUUGAGGUACUUCCUGCACCACAAGGGCAUUAUAUGAUCACUAGACACAAGGCGAAGGAACACCAUUUAUCACUUGAGCAGCAAAGACAUUCUGAGGGAACCAAAUAG